AUGAUGAAUAAUAAUCCAUUGUAUUCGGUGAAAGAGGAGUACCCGGGGUCAAGUUCAGGAGGUGAUGGGGGUGAGCCCCCACCUCCUACUAUGAUGACACCACAGCCAAUGGAGGGGCUUCAUGACAUUGGUCCACCACCAUUCCUCACAAAGACAUAUGAAAUGGUGGAUGAUUCAACUAUUGAUCAUAUUGUUUCUUGGAACAGAGGAGGUCAAAGCUUUGUUGUCUGGGAUCCUCACGCCUUCUCCACUAUGCUACUUCCUAGAUUCUUCAAACACAACAACUUCUCCAGCUUUGUCAGACAGCUAAAUACUUAUGGAUUUAGAAAGAUUGAUCCAGAGAGAUGGGAAUUUGCAAACGAGGCAUUUCUAAAGGGAAACAAGCAGCUUCUAAGGAACAUCAAGAGGCGAAAAACACCUAAUUCUGAGUCUUUGCCUACGGCACAAGCACUUGGCCCUUGUGUUGAAUUGGGAAGAUUUGGAUUUGAUGGAGAAGUUGAUCGAUUGAGGCGCGACAAGCAUGUUUUGAUGAUGGAACUAGUGAAGCUUAGACAGAACCAACAAAACACUCGAGCUUACCUUCGAUCAUUGGAGCUAAGGUUACAAGGAACAGAGAGGAAGCAACAACAAAUGAUGAAUUUCUUAGCAAGAGCUAUGCAAAAUCCCGAGUUCAUCCAACAGAUAAUCCAGCAGAAAGGGAAAAGAAAAGAAAUAGAAGAGGCUAUAACUAAAAAAAGGCAACGACCUAUUGAUCAAGGCUCUAGUAGCAGUACAUUACAUGUAGGAGGAUCUAGCCAUUCCAUCAAAUCAGAACCUUUGGAAUUCGGAGAGACUAGUGGAUUCCAAGUGUCUGAACUUGAAGCACUUGCAUUGGAAAUGCAGGGAUUCGGUAGAGCAAGAAGGGAUCAACAGGAAGACAUGACAGAAAGGCUCGAACAAUUUGGCUACACAGAUAAAGAACUCGAUGCGGGGUUUUGGGAAGAGCUAUUUAACGAAGAGGAUGUGUCUGAAAAUGAAGACGGUGAAGAGGAAGGCGUAAAUGUUUUGGCAGAGAGGUUAGGGUUCAUGGAUUCGAGCCCUUAG